AUGUCCGCUCCCGACCGCCUCGGCCGCAACCGCUCGUACCGCGCGACGAUGGACCGCGACGACGCCCACGGCAACGGCGGCGCCUCCGUCGCCACGGGCGCCCGCACCGCCGCCGGCGCCCGCACCACCGCGCCCGCCGCCGGCCGCCGCAGCGCCGCGACCACCGCCUCCAAGGUCGUCGUCGGCUCCAAGGCCGGCGCCGCGGCGUCCAACGCCCGCCUGCUCUCCAACCAGGCCGCGAUGAACGUCUCGCGCAAGAAGAUCACCGCCACGCUCCCCACGAGCACGCACACGACGGCGGUGGACGACCUCAUGGACCUGGACCGCCCCGGGUCCAAGCAGCGCGCCGGCGCUGCGCGCGCGAGCGUCACGCGCGGGCCCGUGCAGCGCGCCGCCGCGAGCACGACCCGGCUGAACGUCACGCGCCCGCAGCACGCCGACGCGCUCGACGUCCUGCUCGCCGCUGAGAAGGCCGCGUCCACGGCCGCGGGCGCGGUGGCCGCGCAGCCGUCGCCGCUGCCGUCGCCCGCGCCGUCCCGCACGAACAGUCUCGUCUCGGCGCUGCCCGACGCGAUCAACGGCAAGGACCCCGGGGGCGUCGCGGCCGCGGACGCGGCCGAGGAGCUCGCGGACGCGGCGCGCGUCGGCCCGAGCGGCGUCGCGGUCCCCGUCGCGAUCACCGGCGUCCACCGCGUCCGCGGCGGGCGGCCCUACAUGGAGGACCGCCACACCGUCGUCGAGGGGCUGUCCUCCGUGACGUCCGCGAUGCUGACGCGGCAGGGGCAGCAGGAGCCGUCGCGGACGUACGUGGCCGUCUUCGACGGCCACAACGGCGCGGACUGCGCGGAGAUCGCCGCCCGCGACGUACACCGGUACCUUUCGUGCCACGCGGGGUUCAACAUGGAGCCGCCGUCGCCGGAGGUGGACUUCCGCGCCGCGGAGGCCGCCGCGCAGCGCGCCCCGGAGAGCCCGUACCACCGCGACGGCAAGGUCGCGGCGUUCAAGGACGCGUUCCGGCAGGUCGACGAGGACAUUAUCCAAAAGUGCAACAGCGGCGUGGCGCGCGGGGGCUCGACGGCGCUCGCGCUGCUGCGCGAGAACAACCUCCUGUACGCGGCGCACGCGGGGGACUCGCGCGCGGUGCUCGGGCGCAACGGCAAGGCGCUGCGGCUCACCGUCGACCAUAAGCCGAACCUCCCGCGCGAGCGGCGGCGCAUCGUGGACAACGGCGGCAUGGUCGAGCUCGUGGGGUGCUGGCGCGUCAUCAUCGCGACGCCCGGCGAGGGCCGCGUGCUGUCCGGCCUGGCGGUGUCGCGGUCGCUCGGGGACGUGGAGUUCAAGCAGCCGACGAAGCUGGUGACGGAGGAGCCGGACGUGUCGCGGCUGAGGCUGACCCCGAACGACAACAUGGUGAUCGCGGCGUCGGACGGGCUGUGGGACGUGAUGUCGGACCAGGACGCGGUGGAGCUGGCGACGCGCACGGUGCGCGGGUGGCUGCGGCAACGCGACCGCAGCAGCCCCGCGGCGUCGCCGUCGCAGCGCGGGCUGGUCCGGCGGACGUCGCGGUCGGGCCAGUCGCCCAGCGCGCUCAGCAGCACGGCGGCGCGGCUCGGGCUCUCGCGGUCGUCGUCCAAGGUGCUGUCGCCCGGCUCGGAGCCGUCGACGCCGAAGACGGGGCCGGGGUGGGGCGCGGAGCGCGUGCCGCAGGCCGCGGCUGAGGCGGCGGCGAAGGCGCUGUGCGAGCGCGCGCUGAGAGAGGGGAGCAUGGACAACAUCACUUGCGUCGUCAUGCUGCUGCAGUGGCCGUAG